AUGAAAAAUUCGAGUUCAUCUAGAGAAGUAUAUAAACUUGAAAAUAAAAUGAUGGAUCUUAUUUAUUCUCUUUACUCAAAUACCGAUAAUGAAACAUUAUAUAAUGAUAUAACCCCAAGAGAUUAUCAACUAGAAAUAUUAGAGAUUGCAAAAGCUCGGAAUACAAUAGCAUUCCUAGAUACAGGAACUGGCAAAACUUUAAUCGCAAUUAUGCUAACUAAAUGACUUUCAGGAAAAGCUGUAUUUCUUACCCCCACAAAAGCUCUGAUCGAACAGCAGGAUAGUGUAGCUAAAAAGUUUAAUAUUCGAUGCGACUGGCGGUCAGGCAAAAAAGGUGAAAGUUGGAACUCUAUAAAAUGGCAAAAUUGGAUAUCGAAAUUUGAUUUAUUAUUUUUAACUCCUCAGCUCUUUCUUAAUUCUCUCCGUCAUGGGUAUCUUCAAAUGGAGCAGUUUGAUUUAUUGAUAUACGAUGAAUGCCACCAUUGCAAAGGGGAGCACCCCUAUUUCUCGAUUCAAACUGAAUUUUAUUUCACCUCUCUGAAAAAGCCAAAAAUCCUUGGGCUCACAGCGUCACCAGUUGUUACUGGACCAAAAGAGAUCAAAGAACUGAAAUCAGAGCUUAGCGAUUUAUGCUUAUUUUUGGAUUCUGACUUUGCUCAAGUAAACCGACGCUCUGUCAAUCAAAUUGCAAGUCAGGCUAAAGUAAUAGUUAAAGGAGUAGAUCAUAUUUCUGAAUGCAAAUCUGAUAUUAUUGAAGAAUUAAGUCUAAUUAUGAAAUCUAAUAUAAACAUGAGAGACCAUUUUGACUCUGCAAAAACUGUAUUUGAAAAAAUAGGUGAAAUUGGAUUAAAAUAUUACUUGAGGGAUUUUCCAUAUAAAAAUGAAUUAUUACAUUAUUUUGAAACGCAACUUGAGGAAGGAUAUUCUGAGCUAUUCUUAGAGCUUGUGCAUUUAUUAAAUGAGCACUUUAGUCUUGAAGAGUCUAGCCAAGUAAUCAUUUUAGCUGAAAGAAGAGUAACGGUAUGAUAUCUUGUUGAUGCAUUAAAUUAUUUUAGCAAUUUAUAUAACUUGAAUAUAAAAGCAGGAAAAGUAGUCGGAAUAAAUCAAGGAUCAAGAAGUUCAGAGAUAUGCAAAAUGAAAAAUUCCAGCCAUGAGUAUUCUUUGGACGAUUUCAGGCUAGGGAAUAUUAACGUCCUUGUAGCAACAACAGUUGUUGAAGAAGGGAUUGACAUUCCUUCAUGCAAUUUUGUCAUUAGAUAUGAUAGCCCGCCUAAUAAUUUAAGAUCUUACGUGCAAUCUAAAGGAAGAGCAAGGGAUAAAGAUUCAAAAUUUAUUGUAUUGACUCCUAUGCACAAUCAAGCCGAAACAAUCGAUUUGAUAAGAAGAUUUGAUUAUAUGAUAGUAUUUCUCAAAAAUUUAGCUGAUAAACCUAUAACUAAGCCAGAAAGAGGAAUGACAUCAUAUGUAUCUUUUAAGAUUCCAGAAACAGGAGCAACUAUAAGCACUGCAUGAAGCGAGCUGUGAGUCAAAGAUUUUGAAACAGCGCUGAAAAAAUUGACAGGUGAAAAAAUAAAAUAUGAAACAUCAUAUAUCCGAGAGGUCUCAAAAGUGAAAGGAUAUUCGGGAAUAGUUAAAUUUCCUUCCCUUUUUUGUAUUGAGGAUGUCAAAUCAAGCAGACUGUAUUGCAGAGAAAAUGAUGCUUUGAAAGAUGCUAUUGUUCAGGCGGCUGAAGCUUUGUACCAAAAUGAAUUCAUAGAUGAGUUUUUAUUUCAAUGCAUAGAAAAAGGAUUAAGAGCUACUGACUCAAAACUGCGAUAUAAAAAUUCAAAAUCCAGCGUAUGCAGCCCUUUUGAUGAUAAAGCUUAUCUCGAACAAAACUCAAUUGAAAAAUUCAUUGGAAAUCUCGAUAGUUUCUAUCAUAUAUACAAACUAAUCAUUUCUGAUCAGCAAAGCGAGCUAUCACUAGGAUUAUUUUCAACUGCAGACAUUCCUGAAUGUCCAUUUGAUUUAUUUUCAUCAAAAUAUAAUAUAAAUUCUUCAAUAAAGCAAACUCAAAAUCCAUCCAGAAUAAGAAUGCAGCUUAUAAGAACUGAGCGCUUUGAUUUGAAAAAUCUAAGCAUGGUUAAAGCAUUUCAUUUAACAAUUAAUUCAAUUUUAUGCUCUCAGUUUAACAGAACAAAAAGAAAUAUUUACGAAGAGCAUAUUGGGAAUGCUGUAUCUGAUUUAGAGAUUCAAGUGCCAUUGUGUGUAGUCCCAAUUUUAGAUGACAAUAUAAAUUGAAAUAUAAUUAAAUCAAAUAUUCUAUUUUUAAGAAAUCCAGCCAAAUUUGACUCGAAAUCUUAUGAAAAUCUUGCUCUGAAGCUUGAUACCAAUGACUUGUAUAUUAUCUUACUCCCCCCCCCCCCCCCUCCGUGAGCGAACAAAACCAUUAGAAAAAAUCGCCAUUUUUUGACCAAAAACCCACCCUCCGUGAGUGAACAAAAAUUUUUUUUAAUAGAAAAAAUUUUAAUGGAAAAAAAUUUUGAUAUAUAAGUGAUAAUUAGUAUAAUGAAAUCUAGAGCUAAUUCUGUUUAAUUUUAAACAAAUUGCGUUUUAAAAUAUAAAUUUUGCAAAUUAAAUUAAUAUUUGCUUCCCAAUUUUUGCAAAUUAGGAUUUUUUUUAAUUUCGAAAAAAAUAUUUUUUAUAAAAUUUAUAUAUAAAAUUUUUUUUAAAAAAAAAAAAUUAACCCCCCUCCGUGAGCGAACAAAAUUUUUUUGUUCGCUCACGGAGGGGGGGGGGGAGUUUAGAUAUUUUAUUUGAUUCCCCAAAACAUGAAGUUUAUAAUAAUAAUUCAAACCUAGUUGCUUGUAUUGAAAGAGAAAUUAAUGAAGAAUAUUUAUCUGUUCAAAAGUUUGAUUGCCAUGCAAAUACUCAAAAAAAAUAUAAGGAAUUUUUAAGGCGCUCAGAUUUAAUUUUUAGCCCAAUUCCUACGUAUUUCUUGAAUUUGUGCAGAAUGCUUCCAAAUAUUAUAACUCAUUUCCAUGCAACUUUGUUUAUAAUUGAGUAUUCACAUAACUUAAAAUUUUUGAAAUUUUCCUAUUUUAGGAUCAGAUAAAGGAUUAAGUUAGUUAAGAUUAUAAAAAAGCUCUUUGUGAUACCUUAAAAGGGUAUUUAAUUCUAUCUUGCUUCCCAUCUGUCUGCGGUAGUGAGAUGGUCACCAUACCGCACAACUUACUUGGGUUGCUUUUCCAGAAAAUCCGAAAAACGAAUUUUCUGGCUGAGAUGUUAACCAAAAUGAAACUCGUUGCCCAAGAUUCAACUCCCUGCAUCGAGCUAGAAAUUUUCCCUAUUGGCACUAAGGACAAUGCUGGGACUUGCUUUCCAAACGCUGAGCAAUCAUCUUCCCCAAAGUGAAACCUUGACCUGGAAUGAGCUUCGGUAUGCCUAUCCAAUAUUGCGCUCCAUCAAACUAGAUAAAAUUAGGUCGUAUACACAUCACCGAAUGCUAUGCUCCUUUUUCUCAAGGUUCCUGGGUCACCCCAACAACAGAUGCUAAGAGGGUGGGCUGGUUCACCACAUCAUUUUAAUGUAUAUCAAGGAUUAAGUAAAAUAGAUGAAUUUUUAUUUGGAUAA